CUUUGCUUGUCUGAGAGAAUUAGCUUUAUGCUUGCGCCACACUCUUUUCAUACCGCAAGUGCCAGCAGGCAGUGAUGAGCGUUCUAACAGAACGCCCCCCUUCCUUUUUCUUAGACUUGCUGCCUACACUGGAAAAAUCACUCGGAGAAUGUCAUCUCCUCUGUAAUACGAGGGAAAAGGCCCAGAAUCCAAAUAAUCUACCCUAAGACCCAUCUGACUAGGGGACUCCCAGAAACAAAUGUACCCUGCCCCGACGUUUAUUAAACUAACCACAUCCCAUCGCUGAAAUACAUAUGACCUACCCCGCUACCCAUCCCUAGCCCACGAUCGACCACAUCGGUGAGCGCGACCUGCGAUUGUGGCCACAACCGGUCUAGCUCACCAUUUACUAUCGGCGUCCAGUUGAUUACAAUUCUUUAUUUACGAGGGGUAAAAUAAGCAACAUAACAAGAAUAGAGAGAGAGAGAGGAGCAAUCUCUGCUAUCAGCAUCGUCUACAUUUUAAUGCACGACCUGUUGUCUUAAGAAAAUGACUACGUGACCUGAGUGACCUCUUACACCUCUUCUCACCGCCGUCUAUAUUUCAGUCUCGUUGUCUUCAGUGAUCAUCAAUGUUACCUGUUGACACGCAUGUCGGUGUUAUGACGCAAGGCGUUGUAUGUUAAUGACGACAAGUAAAUUCUACGUCAUUUUGAUUGUCACGUGGGGUGGGGAGCGGUAACCUUUAUACUCUCUAGUGCUUGGCCUGCCUGUCGACCGUUUACUGGGCUGUUAAAAAUACAGGAGAAUAUCUGUAGAAACAGACUCUCAACUCUGACAAAGAUCUCACCUUUGCAUUAGGAAAUGAAGAAGGAAAGCGCUUUACAAAGGAAUUCUGAAACGGUAGUAGAAGCUAAGAUGUCAAUCCAAGAUUUCUCCAAAAUCUUACCAAAAAAGAAAUGCCGCUUGUUGUCGAAACCUAGCCUUGACCAAGACCCCAGAUAUGACGAAGCGCUGGCCAGGAGGAUCCCAAAGCUGCCCGUCAUAUCCGUGCUGGUCAAACGUCCCUUACCUUACAAGCCACCGGUAGAGGUGGUCAAACCGUUCACCUUGGGGCUGCAACUCGCUGUGGAUGAGAAGAAGCAGCCAUUGACACUCUACGAACCCUUCAGUGGAUUCACGAGGAGAAAACUGGAGAUAUCUCAGCAGCCGUGGUGCCAAAAUGCCACAUCUCGCAGGGAGCUGGCAAAGCAGGAGCUCGCUCUCCACGCCUGGGAGGACCGGCUAAAAUCCGUAACCAGGGAAACGGCCUGGCUAUCCAAGAAAUUGGCCGACCUACAGCCGAGCUGCUGUUCAGCACACCGCUCAUUCUACCGCCACCAGAAAACCAUCGGGGCAGGUCGCUCGGACCAAAACAUGACUUUCCCAAGGUUAAAGACCAGGAGAGGUUCUAUCGUUCAGACGCCUUCUUCUGGAUGCCACAUAGGGUCGGGCCCGCCGAGUUUUCCAUCGACUCAACUCCCACAUGGACGGAAAGAAAGUUCUACAAGCCACCUUUGACUAUCGCACGGCCUCGUCUCGAUGACAUGCUGCCCUCCAGCUUAAGGAACGUGAAGAGGUAUCAGGAUCAGAAAAGAGCCCUAGCGCACCUCGAGAAAAUUGUGGUUAAAGGUGCAGCCCUUGAUAUGGUACCUGGAGGGCUUCCCCACCCAUCGUUAGUCACCUUUUCACCUGACGACGACCAAAAGAAAACUGAGGAAAAGAACCCUCCGCAUGAGGCUUCAUCAGACUCUCUCGACAGCUCAGCCUGCCUGAUGGUGGAGGGCACCAUGUACCACUGGGGUGAGCAGUGCCCACAGGACCUCGUGGAGGUUGGCUUUAUUUGCCGGGCGGGAGAGCGGGCGUACAACGAAAUCCGGCUGGCCAACAUGGGCAGCACCGUCAUCCGGUGUGCCUGGGGCAAAGAUGUUCACUCGAACCACUUCAACAAGGAGCACUACUCUACCGAGCACUUCAUUUUCAAUUACUCCGACCGCAUUCUCUUGCCGCAUGACUUGGUAAUAUUGAAGGUGCAGUUCCGCGCUGACUACCCAGGUUUCUGGCGGGAAGUCUGGCACCUGAAAACGGUGCCUGCUUUGGGACCUGGCGGAAGCAGUGACAUUCCAAUCAGUCUGUGGGCAAGAGUCCUGCUUGACGACAACGACUGUCGACGCAGGGAGCUGGAGCGCCAGCUGGACGUUCUCGCUAUUAAGCGGAUUGUCGUCAAUUAUAGGGACCAGCUACUGAGGAACCUGCCAUAUCGUGAUCACAAAACCAUCCUUCGUGAGCGUUUCCCUGUGACCGAUGACAUCUUCAUGGUGGACGACGUGAAGCUGUUCGAAAAGGCCAACCCCGGCCUCUCCUACCACGGCCACGCAAUGUUCACCAUUGUGAAACUCUACAGGAAGGUACAGCGCCCCUCAAUUCAUAUGGACCUGAUGGAGGGCGUAAGAAAUGUUAUUCUGGACAAGUACCCAAGAAUUCUGCAGAAAGAGGAGGAAUCCUGCAAAACGUUGAAAACGUCGAAGGCUAAUUUCGCGAGGAAAACGAGCAUCUCUACAGUCUCCUCCACCGCAAGCCGAAUAGCAGAAGAAGUAGAUUCAAGAAGAGUACGGUUGUCCACGAAGAGUCUUCAAACGACGUCCAGGACACACAAAGUACCAAAAAGGACCGAGGUAGAUUCGCUGCUAGAUGGCAAUUUUCCAUUGGAGCGAAGAAACAUCACCGUCAAGGGGCUUCACAAGAUGAUAAGAGACCUCGACGAAAGGUUGGAGGUAAAGAACAGUAUGCUUAUGCAGCUGAACCAGGCGGUGAGCGACAUGAGCUUUUAUCGAGACCAGUCGAAUGUGAGAAAUUUCAAGCACAUCGUUUGCCGGACGAUGCUCUGCCAGGCUGCAGAGGACGUGGCUGGCAUCGCACAGCGGCUGAGGCACGACAUGAACCUGGACUUGCGGACGGAGAAGCUCGGCAGCGAGACCCCGAGCACUGGAAGUAACACCACCGAAGUCGAAAUGGUGACGCCAGAAGUGGAGAAACGACGUCUGCCUCCUAAGCUGUUGAACAUUAAAAAGAAGCAGAUUGCGAAGGUCGAUGGCAUUAGAAAUUCGGGUCCAUUAGGCAGCUCCAGAAGGACGAGACUGAUGACAUUACAUCUAUGACCAGCACUAUCGAAAUCCCUCCUGCAGACUCUGAGGUCACCGGCCAGCGCAAGAUGUACCGGACAGUGCUGUCCGUGCUGGUAUACGAGCGUGUUGAGCGCCUUCUGCUAGACCUGCUGCCCUUGAUGACGUGUGAUGAUGAGCCACAGCCGGACCCGCUCAAGCCCUGGUCACAGCUGUGACGUGCACGUCGGGGCCGCCAUUUUUUCUGUCUCUGUUGGAAUGUCUUCGAGUCGCUGACUAUCAGAAGUUGAUGUGAAGCCGCAUUAGACAAAUGUCGGACCUGACAGGAAGUUUGGUUUUGGGCAGCAGAGUAAUUUUCACACUGCGAGAGAUGUCUCAGCGUUUGAAAUCUUAAUUGGAAGUAUUGUGGUUUUCUAAUUAAUACCUGCAAAAAUUGCUUUAAACGAAAACAGAUAUAGAGCCUGACAACACUAUUUCAUAAUUUAUUAUUUUUUUAGCCAUUAAUUAAAAAAAAGCAGGGGUCAAAUGUCGUGAGUUCCAUAGUGGACUUGGAGUGGCUUCGCAUGAUCAAAAGUUUUAAGGUAAGGAUGAAAUGUGGAUUCAGCAAACGACCAAGCGCUUGGUGUAGAUACCCGAUGUUCUCACUGUUUAGUAUGCAUGGCACGUGAUCGAGAAUCUAAAGUGAAGAUCCAAUAUUUUGGGUAUCUCGAGACCCAGCGCAUGAUGGCGAGACCCAGUGCUGUGGGUAACCAGCCUCCAGCAUGUCAAUGUUCUGGGUAUGUACAUCACAUGCUGCAAGCCAACACCCGCCUCCCACCGUCAGACGUCACCUCACAAUGUCUUGCUGUCCGGAGAGGAGAGACUUUCAUUGAACAUUUCGUCCUGUGCGGCAUACAAGUCUAAGGCGAGUGAUUCUCAUCUUACAGCACAUGAAUGCAGAGAUUACAAAAACUGUUGUUGUUGCUUAUUUCGUUGGAUAAUAUUCAAAUAUUUAUUUGUACGCAUUAAAAGAGAUUGA